AUAAGAGACGUCAACGUGUGACGUGUACCAGUCGCCGGUGAUCACCUGCACAAUAUUGGUGAUUGGAAUUAAUGCAAAAUGUUAGGAAUAAUCUGUUUUCUGGUAAUAGGUAGUCUCACUGUUGUUCAAUCGAACGGUCUCGAGACGGUGAGCGACGCAGAACUCACGGCUUUAAUAGCAAACGAGAAAUAUGUAGUCGUGCUCUUCACAAAGGAUAACUGCGAAGCAUGCGACAACGUUGAGAAUCAAAUGACAGAGUUGAGGGAGGAUCUGGUGGAUACUCUGUCCGCAUGGGUGGUUGUGGCAGUGAACAGUCAACUUAGGAAAGCAGUCAGCCCAAAUGAGGAGCCUGUUCUCGUCUUCUAUAGAUAUGGAAGACCCUUGAUCUACGAUGGACCCCUAGACGACGAAGAGAUUCUAUACAUGUUUACGGAAAACAAAGAACCCACUGUGAAGCAGUUAACAGAUGAUACGUUCGAACAUUUAACACAAGCAAGCAGUGGAGCUACUACUGGAGAUUGGUUGGUCAUGUUCUACAGUACAGAUUGCUUAGAGUCUGCUAGAUUGUCUGGCAUAUGGGAGACAGUAGGUGCAAAGCUCAAGCACAAAGUAAAUGUGGCAAGAAUUGACAAAUCAACGACUGGAGCAGCUACAGCAAGGAGAUUCAAAGUUUACGAUACCCCCACUUUUAUAUUCUUCAGGCACGGUAAAAUGUAUCGCUAUGAAAUCCCGAAACACGAAACGAACGCGUUCGUGUCUUUCGCGAAAGAUUGGUACAAAAAUUUGCGUGCUGAACCUGUGCCCGUACCACAAAGCCCAUUUGAUGAUUUUGUACAAAUGAUUGCGAAUGCGCUACGCGACAAUCCAUGGAUUAUGAAGCUCGGCAGCAUUACCAUUGGCGUAUUUAUUAUAAUUUCGAUAGCGUCUAAGUUUAGGCGCAAACCCGAGGAACCUCAGAAGAAAGACUAACUGUUUUAUCCGUCAGCAAUAUGUUAUGGGUACUGUGCAAAAUUAUCAACGUACACACAGUUGCAUAAAACAAUACGAAUAUCGGACGAAUAAAUUUGUUACAAUAAGAUUUUGUUCCAUUCCCUGACGAAUUUUAUUUGACUAUGAAAACAAUAUGCUUCCAUUAUUCUGUAAAUAAAUUCAGUACCCAUAAUAUGUACAAAGCGACAUAAAUUUGUUCAUAUACAAUAUACCUAGACAUUGAGUUGUAUUCCAUAUAAAACAACGUGUACAACAGCUACAAUAUGGUUAAUUCUUUUAAGAGAAAUAUUUUUUAUGUUUUACAAUAAAUAUUCUUGAAUAAAAGUUGUUGGUGUUAAAAAAUAUUUGUGCUAACAGAAGUGCGCAUUUCACGAUUACAUCCACUCAUUCGACAAUUAAAUAAUACGGUCCAACUGAGAGCAACAUAUUUAUUUAUGCGUUGCAAGUGUAGAUUAUACUUGAACUAAUCUAACGAAAUAAAUUUCAUUGUCCAUAC